UACCACAAUAACAGCAACAAAAAACAAAAAUCAAUAAACCAUUCACGAUUGUUGUUGAUCUUUGUAUGCCCAAAUGGGUAAUAAGAUAUCAUGUGCCAAUUGUAAUGGCAAACCAUCAUCAGCUGUAGCAGGACAUCAUCAUCAUCAUCAUCCAACAUCAAGUAGUACAGGUGGCGGCGGUGGUACAUCAUCAUCAUCAGCAACAACAAUUGGUAUUACCGGUUCAAACGUGGCUCGUUCACAGCAAUACGCACAUCAUUAUCACCAGGUUUUAUCAUCUAGUGGUGGUGGUGGUGUUGCUAUCGUAUCUGGGAGUGGUGGUGGCGGCGGCGGCGGUGGUGGUGUUGGCACCGCUAGUCAUCAUGGUGCACCAAUGUCCAACAUAUUAAAUGCUGGUCGUUCAAAUCAUAUAUUACGAUUAUGGGCUGAAGUAUUCCAUGUAUCAGCAUCAUCCGGUGCUGUACGUUGGAAUCAAGUUAGCGAUGAUCUUGUACCUGUUACUGUUUCAUUCAUAAAUGGUCGUUAUCAUAUCACUGCAUUUAAUUCACGUGUUGAAAAAGUAUUAGAUUGUUGGCUACAAUCAAAUAAAUUGGGACAAGCAUCCAGUUGUUUUAUCUAUUGGAAAGAUAAUGUUUCGGGUGAUACAUGGGGUCUGAAUUUUACAUCACCAGCUGAUGCACGUGCAUUUCGUGAAUGUAUACAAUCUGGUACAGUACAAUUACAGACCGGUUCUGGACCAAAACGUGCCGAAUCUUCCUAUAGCCUUCGUGCUGCUGCUACUGGUACUGGUGGUGGUAAUCAAGAUGAAUCAUCUACACAUCAAUCAACACAACAACAACAACAACAACAACCGCAUGGACGUCAAAGUAAAGCUGGUUCUGGUGCACAUUUAACAACAAAAUAUUAUUCUAAUCGUACUGCCAUAUCGACACCAAAUUCACCAUCAAAACGGCGAUUACAGCAACAACAAGUUGAACAAUUGCAACAACAAGCUUAUGGUCAACAACAACAACAACAACCUCAAUGUACAUGUGAUUGUUUAACGGCCGAAAUGUUACAUAAACAAAGAAAUGGCCGUAUACGUUAUGCAAAUUUUACUCGUCAAGAUAGUGGUGGUACAACUCAAUCAUCUAGAUCUGAUGGUUCAUUAGUACGUCGUCAGCAUGAACGUCAACAACAAUAUUAUCGUAGUGCACAUCAACGUUCGAUUGAUGAACAUUAUAGAAAUCGUGUUUCAACAACACCUAGUCAACAAUUAUCUCGUACAUUGGGACCAGCAGCAUCAUCAUCACAUCGUCAUAGUCGUGUACAACCGAUGGAAAGUAAUCAACAAUCACAACGUAUUCAAAUGACCGGUAGUGGUCAUCAACAAGCGGAUAAUUAUCCAACUUCCAUACAGAAUGGUGGCUAUAUUCAGAUACAGCAUCAAAAAGCAAUAGUUCAUAGUAGCGGUAAACAAAUUCAACAACAACAGCAAGAUCAACAACAAAGUAUCCAGGAUCAGCAACAACAGCAACCAUCAAGUCGUCCACAAUCACAAGCUCAAGCAUCACAAACACAGCAAUUAGUAUCGACAGCAACAACAACAGAUGAUUUAGUGGAAACAACAGGAACAGCCCCAACAAAUAUUUCACAACAACAACAACAAAAACGUACAUCAACACGGCCAAAAUCAUUGGUUUCCGGUACAAUCGGUAAUAGUAUAGAUAAUAAUGAAACACGUCGUGAUCGUACUCAUCGAUCAUUAGAAGGACGACGACGCUCAUUAGAACGUAUGCAAUGUGUUGAUUUGACCGAUUCAUCACCAACAAUACCAAUAAGAGAUAAUUCUAAUAAUCGUGAUCUAAUCGAUAAUGAUCAUCGGCCUUCAGCUGCUCAAUUAGAAGAAUAUGAACGUGAAUUACGUCGUCGAUUAUUACAUGGUGGUGAUUCAACCGGUGGUACUGGUGGUACCAAUAAUGAUGCCUUGGAAACAUUUGAAACAUUAUUAAAAGAAUCAAUGGAUGAUGUUGCAAAUCUAAUGCGUGAAGUACAACAUGAAUUGACAUUGAUACGUGCCGAAGAGAAACGUUAUCAAUCACAAUCAACACAAUCAUUACAUCGUAUUGCAUCGGCAGCAAAUCUAUAUGGUGGACCUGGUUCAUUACAUGGUGCUGGUGUUCGUUCACCAAUACCACAAUUUGAUACAAUGUCAAUCGAUGGUCAAUUACCAUUUUUGCCUUCAUUUGCAAGCUCAUUAGCACAAGCAUCAUCUGCUUAUCAUCAUCAUCAAUUACAACAACAGCAGCAACAACAAUAUCAAUCAUGGGAUCGUUUAGCUGCCGGUUAUUUAACAUCAUCAGAAAUAUCUGAUGAUGAUCGUGCAUCAUUAACAACGGCUAUUUCAGAUGAUGAAGAUAUUAUCGCUUGUUCGGCUGCUGCUACCGGUAGUGAUCGUUAUUUAAUCAAUCAUCAUCAUACCACACAUACACAUCAUCAACCAUCACCUAAAACACAAUUAAAUCCUCGACAUCAAUCAAGACAUCAUUCACAAUCAUCAUCAUCAUCAACUGUUGCCAUUUCAUUUGAAUGUCUUGGUUCGGUACGAAAAUCGGGUUUUUUAUCCGUUAAAAAAUGGCUUAUACGUAAACGACAUAGUCUAGAAUUGGCACGUAAACGUGGCUGGAAAGGUUAUUGGGUUUGUCUAAAAGGAACAACAUUAUUAUUCUAUAGUUGUGAUGCAAAUAUGGUGAAUCCAACACAAAAUGUUGAACAACAACAUCAAUCAACUGGACAACAGCAACAGCCAAAAAGUGGCCAAUCAAGUACAAGUGAAUUAACACCAAAACAUUUAAUAUUUGUUGAUGAGUGUCUAGUACAACCGGUACCGGAACAUCCACGUCGUGACAAUGUAUUCUGUCUUUCAACUUCAUUCGGUGAUGCCUAUCUAUUUGAUGCUACCUCUUUACCUGAACGUGAUCAAUGGAUACAGGUAAUACAUACAGCUUGUGCUGCACAAAUUGCACGAAAUUCUGGUCGUUGUACAAUAUCACAUUAUCUUGUUGAACAAUAUCAACGUAUUGAACAAUUUGUUGAACAAGAUUAUCAACAACGACAGGAAGCUGAAAUAUUAUUAACAUGUUGUACGGAUGAGAAACAAAAACAACAGCUAAUUAAUCAUGUAUUUAUGGUGGAGGAGAAAAUUGAACGUAAUCGAAUUGAGAUAUUUCGUUUGAAAUCAUAUUUUGCUGCCCUAACCAAUGAUGAAGGACCAAACCCAAAGACAUUAUUAUCACAAUCAUCAAGACGUACGAAAGCUCAAUUGAAUCGUAUCGGUGUAUUUACUGUAUCAUCACUUCAUGCAUUCAAUUGUGCCAAAAAUUCACAAACCAGUGUAGAAAAAUCAUUACAUCGACAAAAUUCUUUUGGUGGUAGUGGUGGUGGUGGUUCUAUUUCACCCGUUAUACCACCUUCAAAUGAUUCGGCUAUAGUAUUGCAUCGUGAAAUGCAUUAUUCACCUAAUCAUCAGCGUACAACACCAGUAAUUAUUGAUGGUCAACCGACAACGACAACAACAACUGGAAAUGUAACACCAUUAUCACGUGUACAAUUAACAAUCAUAUUGAUGACUGGUGAACAACGUACUAUGGAAGUGCCACAAACAUGGAUUAGUGAACAAUUAUUAUCCGAUAUAUUUGGUCCUGGUCCUGAAUCACGUGAAUAUUUUCUCCGUUGCUCAGAAACCGGUACAAUAUUGUAUCGUAAUGAUCUUGUUGCCAAUUAUUCUAAUCAUACAUUAAUGAUUACGCCAAAGCUUCUAUUCACUAUUGAUUUAGUUCGAGAAUCAAAUGAAAUGCUAUUCGGAUUUUCAGUCGAAUCAGAGUUAUAUCAAAAUAUUCUUCGUGUAUUCGUUAUGCGUGUUGAACCAAAUUCAAUUGCCGCAAUGCAUGGUCUUUGUCGUCAUGAUGAAAUAAUGGUCAUCAAUGGUGCAUUAGUACAAGAAUUGGAUAUGAUGUUUGUUGAAUCGAUCCUACAGGAAGAGCUUACACUUUGUCUUAUGAUAAGAUCAGCACGUUUAGAUGUUCCUACACAAGGACAAGCCAUAUUAAAAGUACAGCCAUCAAAUGAUAUAGCAGGUAAAACAUUACAACCGGUAAUAACCCAACAACAAUUAUUAGCACAUCCUGGUGGUGGUAGUGGUGUUGGUGGUGGAUCAAGUUUUGAUAAUGAAAAAACACCAUCAGUAACAGAUGAUCUAAUCGAAUCAUUAGUAUGUCCACCACCACCUAGUACAGAUUUUUCACAGCUAAUAUUAUCGGAUAUACAAUUAUCGAAAUAUAUUGUACCAAAAGUAGAUCAUUUUCUACCUACAUCCGAAAAUUUAACAUCAAUGAAUGUGAUUCAUCAACAACAGCAACAAUCAUCGAUAACUGAUUCAACAACCGGUGCAUUAUUAGCAACAGCCGAUAGUUAUGAUCAUCAAGGUGAUGAUGAUCGCUAUAUUUCAUUAGCUAAUGCAACAGCAGCAAUAACAACAACCAGUCCAUCACAAGACAAUCAACAUUUACAACAAUUAUUACAACAAACAAUGAUUAGUGAUGAACAAAUUGUUAGCGAUAUAGAUUGUCAACAAUUAUUGAUUACCGAUACUGGUCCACCAUUAAGUGAAGCAAUACAAUCGGCAUUAAAUCAAUGCCAUGUUGAUUUAACCGGUGAAAUUGGUGGUCAACAACAAUCACAACAACAGCAACAACAACUGCCACUACCACCAUUGCCAUCAAUUUCUACAUCAUUAUCAUCGGCAUCAUCACAAUUAUCAUCGAAUAAUGCCAGUACCAGUAUAAAACAUAUGGAAAAAUUAAUACGUGAAUUAUUGGAUACUGAAAUGAAUUUCUGUCAAUCAUUAAAACAAUUAGUGGAAUUAUAUCUUGAGCCAUUAUCACAGAAUAAUUUUCUUACAGUAACCGAUAUAAAAGUAUUAUUCGGAUCAAUUUUAAAAGUGAUUGAUGCACAGAAUGAAUUCCGUUCAGAAUUGACUGAAGUUGGUGAACAUAUCCUUGGUGAUUGUGAAUUAUUAUUGAAAAAAUGUCAAACAUUCACUACUACUUCUGGUGGUAAUAAUCAACAACAAGAACCAACUGUCAAUGAAUUGGGUGUUGGUUAUAUUGCCGAUUGUUUUGCUAAACAUUCAAAAAAUUUUCGAGAUUAUUCAACAUUUUGUGCCUCACAUGCACGUGCAGUUAAAUUAAUGGCACAGGAAAAAACGGCCGUACACGAAUGGUUACAGAAACAAUCUAAUGGUCAGAUAUCACAAUCAUUAGAAUCAUAUCUAAUACGACCAAUACAACGUGUAUUAAAAUAUCCACUAUUAUUGGGACAAAUGAAGGCAUUAUGUUCGAAAGGGACGGCAAAUUAUUCCAAAUUAGAAGAUGCAAUUAAAGAUCUGGAAAAAGUUGCCGAACAUAUAAAUGAAAUGCAACGUAUACAAGAAGAAUAUGGUGCUAUUUUUGAACAUUUAGCACGUAAUCAUACACGUAUGGCCACUAAUACGAAUGGUCCUGCAGCGAUUAAUACAUUAGGACAGAAUGGACAUAUUGUUGAUCUAUCACCACCGGCAUUGAAACAUUAUGGAAAUGUUGAUUGGAUAAAUUCAAUGGAAUUUUUGGGCAAAAAUUGUCGUAAAGGUGUUGAAUGGAGUUCAAUUUGUUUUGUUUUCAGUCAAUGUGUUGUAUUUCUAUGCAAAGAAACAAUACGACAACGGAAACGAAUGCCAACAGCCAAAUCGAUUGAUGUGGAAAUAAUUCGCCAUCAGGUAUUAAUACCUGUGAUUGAAGUACAAGUACGUGCAUGUCCACAGAAUGAUCAAUCAUCAAAUGAAACGGAUUAUAAAUGGGAAUUGAUACAAUUGAAAAUGAAUGCCGGUAAACGUUCGGAAAAGAUUUAUCGUUUAAGUAAUAAGUAAGUUUGUUGGUUUGUUUUUUUAAAUCGAUUUUUUAUUUUCAAAUUCUUUAUUGAUUACCACAGAACAAGUGAUGAACGUAAUGAAUUUCUUCGUGUUAUACGGCAAAUUAUCCGUGAAGAUGU